UUGGUCGGUCGGUUACCCGCACUUCAUCGCUCAGCGUGUUUCCCUAACAGAAACACGUAAAACGAUAUAUUUAGAUAAUUUACACAGUGCGAGUACAGACUCUCGGUUUCGUUAGUUGUCGAUAUAAUAUUAGUGGAUACAUAAAGAGUGCUACAGAAGUUUUUAUUUCGUGUAACGGUGGUAGCAUGGAGGAACUACACAGAAAAACGAUUGUUCCGAGUUUACUUUGUUUGUUGUUAUGUGGAACAGCACUUUCAAAAUUUGUCAGUGUUGUCACCGACCAGAGACCAACUUCACAAAGGACCUCCGACAAUGACUUAAGCGCUAUUCACAAUACCCACUCCACUUCAACAUCAACAUCUGAAAAACCACCAGCUCCCAACUCGUCAUCUCCAAACGGGGACAAGAAAGCUAACCCUAAGGAGAUUAUCGUGGCCGUCUCGACCCCACCGGGGAGUGGCGUCACGGCGGCAGCGGUGAAGCAGGACUAUGAGAUGAACGGCACGUCCAUGGUGCUGAUGCUGGCUAUGAUCGGCGUGGCUGUCGGGACGGCGUGCGCGUUGGGCACAGUGGCCGUCAUCUUCGUCAUCCGCAGACGGGCGACGACGAACAGGGAGGUGUCCAGAAAAGUGGCACAGCGCACCAACAUGUACGUCAUCAGAAACGAGAACUACGACUUGAACAAAACCCUUUCAGGAAUUCCAUCAGUGACCGAUAUGUGGAAAGAAUUGCAUACGGAGUCUUAGCCUUCAUACUUGUGUUAUGGUGUAUUAAUUUUUAAAAAAGGAAAUGAAAAUUAUUUGUAAAAAUCUCAGUAUUAAAUGUGUCCCUUUAAGUAUUAUUUAUAAAUGGGAAGACAGUCUGUAUUUAUAAAUCGUGGUACGUUUAAAACUAUGGAAUCAGUACUUCCACGUUACCUGAUCUGGACGAGCCAGGAUACUGUUAACGAUUUAGCAUCAAGUUGUAUCUGGCUUGUUUCCUGGUUAUAGCACUAACUGGCCAUGACUAUAACAUUUAACUUUCUGGAGCGAACAGUACUACCAUCGCACACUGUAUAGCUUAGCUAUAUAUGUUAUCGAAGUGAGAAAAAUAACUUUGGUUGUGUAUAUGGUACUAUAUAUAUAAUUUGUGAACUGGAUUCGAGCGUUUUUAAAUAAAGUAGUCAAAAAGCGACCUCUUAAAAACAGGUAACUGCUUAACACAGGUAAAAUACAACAUUUUGAAAUAUUAUUAUUACAUCAGGCAAAUAUAUAUGUACUUACUUCAAUAUAUGGCAAAAUGGAGAACAAUAAAUCACUUAAUGACUGGAGAUAGAGAUUAUAUACAAAAACAGAAAUAUGUUGCUACAGAAAUCGCCACAAAACAAGAUUAAUUAACAAAUGCAAGUUUUAAAACGUGUUUACAAAGGUCACCCAUGGAUUAUACCAAAAUCUGGCCUUUAACUGGGUCAGGGUGGCCUUUCAAGCACAACCAAUUACUCAUUAUAAACGUGGGCAUUAGUAUGUACGGUCAUUAGGUCACUUCAUUGCAGGUCUACUAUAGUAUCCUGUCAUAUAUAUAU